AUGCCUUCCUCCCGAAAAAAUCGUAUCGACAAUGAUGGUGUACAGGAAUCUCCAAAUGAGAGUGGCUCUGCUAUUACAUGUUCAACCGAUCCAUACCAGCCUUCAUCAUACAACAACGAUCAUCGAAGAUCAGCCGCCACGACUACUAGCAACCACGACGUGGCUGCUGAUGAAUCACCCGUACCCCUAUCAACCGAUACCAAUACAUCUUCAUCCUCUUUGGGAUUCCCUUCCUGGAGACGUAAAAGAAGACCCACUAUCGCACCCAAAUCAUCACAUUCGUCAUCAUUACCAGAGGGUAGUGGGGGUGAUAGUAGCAGUAGUAGUCGAUGGUCUGCAUCAUGGAGACAAACACGGAGACGUAGCAGCGCAGCCUUAUCAGCUUUAUUCUUGCAUAAACGGCGGACAUUUCCACCCGCUUCAUCGCGUAUCUUGAAAAAGGAAAAACAACGAUUCAUGCAUCCUGCUUCAUCUACAAAGUCAACACGUCACUUUCAUGGCAACAGCAGCAAAAACAAAAAAUCCUUACGAAUGAAAAGGCGGCAUAGUUUGGGUGCCAUCUUGGGCACAUUUACUUUAUACCCUGCUGGCAGUCAUAGUGGUGGUAGUAGCAGUCGUCUUCAUCGAUCCUCCUAUUAUCAUGAUAAAUACUCCUCUGUGCGCUCAUCGAUGGUGUUGCAUUUAUCGGAUGAGGACAUGGCAGCUGCAGGACAUGUGCCUGAGGUGUUGUACGACGAGGAUGAUGAUGAUGAUCACGAUCAUUUAAGCUUGCAUAGUGCAUCUACCAGCUGCCAGUAUUGCAUGAACAUCAGCAACCCCAGCAGUGAGUCAUCAGGUGGUGGUGGUGGUUGUCCCCAUCGUACAAGACACCAUAAUUCGCAUCGUCAGCAACAGCGUUCUUCAGGUACAUCGGAUGGUGGCAAUUGGCUUUAUAGUUGGGUACAACAUCAUCCACGUCGAAAAAGUAAACAACGUAUACAACAACAGCCAUCACAAAAAACAACAGCCACUACGACGACCACUGAAAAGUUUAUUCGACCACCCACUAUAUCAAGUGGAUCCUCCUUAUCCAACAAGCUCGAUUCAUUGAUCCAUCCUCCUUAUCACGGGACGCUUAACACCACCACUACCACUACAGCUGCACCUCGUCGCUUCUCAGCCUUUUGGAUUGAUACGCAUGGAAGAUCCGGCAAACAACAAGUGCAUGUUGACGACAAGGGUCAUAUAUCUUUUGCACCAAAGAGUUGUUGUUGUGAUGGCACCAACAGCAGCCAUUGUGAACGUGCUACUUAUACAAUGCAAUCUUCGAUGUUUCUGUUUGGCUUUUUAUUUUUCCCAUUGUGGUGGAUCGGCGCGUGGAUCUAUGUACGCCAACAACGGCGCCGUUUACCCACCGAUCUGGAAACACAAAAACAAUCCACAUCUCUUAUCAACGCCCGUAUCGUUGGCCAGCUCAAUUGCUGGAUGAGUGUUCUCAGCCUUAUUCUUACUUGUGUUCUUGUUGGCUUAGGCGUUUGGUGUCGUUACGCUUCUUAA